AACACAGUCGUUAAUGGCUGCUGCACGUCUUCCUGUCGGCGCAUUUCUCUACUCUCCCUCGCUUUGCUGGCUUUACUGCUUGUACAUUGUACCGGUGAUAGUUUGAGCUAGUUGAAGUAUUUUUACCAGUAAUCAAGAAACCUUUUAACGGCUAAGUAAAAAAACUUAGAGAAAAUGGGUAGAGCAAAAAGGCAAAACAAAGAUAUGAAGAAUGCAAAGCAACAAUUACAUACAAUAAAAAAUGGAUCAGUGAAAAAAGACAAGAAUCCCAAGUUUAAAAAUACACCAGUAGGCAAGGUAGCUUUGAUUAAUAACUCGAAAGCACAGAACAAAAAUGUAUCAUCACAGAAAAAUGUUCAGAAAGACGUAGGUAUAAAGAAUAAUAAAAAUUUAUCUAAGAAUAAUGCAAAGCAAUCGAAACAAAAUUCUGCAAAGAAUAAGCAAAAUUCUCCAAAUGGAGCACAAAAUAAACCAGCCAAUAAGAAAGCUAAUUUAACUCCUACAAAGGAGUUGGAGGAAAUCGAUGAUUCUGACUCUGAUAUUGAUGAAAAAAUUAUAUUACAAGAAGACGUUAGUGUGGAUGAAACAUUUGAGGAUGAAGAAGAAUCUGAUACAGAUAUUCCAGAUAUCUUUGGACAGAGUUUACAAGAUGAAUCGGAUGAAGACGAUGAGGACUUUGAAGAAGAGGAGGAAGAAGAUAAUGAUGAUUGUGACAAUGAUGUUAAAGGAGGUCUGGUUGAAUGUAAAAGUGUAAAAGUACUUAAAGGUGUAAAGCCAAAAGCCAAAGAUAAUGAGGACAAUAAAAAUAAAAAUGAUGAGAAUAAAAAAUUACGACAAGUUACUAUGGAAGAUGAUGAAGAUGAUGAAGACGAUGAUGAGGAUGAUGAAGAUGAGGAUGAAAAUGAGAAUUUAGAUUUACAUAAAUAUAUCUUUGAAGAAAAUUUAGAAGAUGAGUCAAAUGAAGAUGAUGAAGACUUUGAAGAAGAGGAGGAGGAAGAGGACAAUGAUGAUGAUGAUGACAGCAAUGAAGAUGACAAAAUUAAAGGAGAAACAUUGAUACAUAAGGGUGUAAAAAUGUUCAAAGGUGUAAAAUCGCAAGUUGAGAAUAGUGAAGAUGAAGAUGACGAUGAUGAUGAUGAAGAUGAUGAUGAUGAUGAUGAUGAUGAUGAUGAUGGUGAGAACGAGGAUUCAACACUAGGUUUAAAAGCACUUUUAGGAAAUAGUAUUGCAGAUGAGGAUGAUGACGAAGAUUUUAAUGAAGAAGAUGAAGAUGAUGAAGAUGAUGAUAUUAGUGACGAAGACGAAGAUGGCGAAGAGAAUGAUAAUACAGUAAAAAUUACAAAAGAAAAAACUGCUAAAAUAUCCAAUAGCAAAGAUAUUCUUAAAGGGCAAAAACAAGUAAAGGAAGGCGAAAAGAAAUUAUCUUCUGAAGAACAAGAAGAGAUUGCUAAAAGAACUAUUUUCAUUGAUAAUAUUCCAAAAGAAACAAAGGAAACAGAAAUAAGAAAAGUGUUCAGUAAAUUUGGACCCAUUAAUAAUUUACGUUUUAGAGGUAUCGUUCCCCAAGAUACAAAAAUGUCUAAGAAAGUAGCUGCUAUAAAAAAGCAGAUUCAUCCAAAAGUAACUACAGUUGUAGUAUUUAUUAAUUACAAGUCCGAAGAAUCUGCCCAAAAGGCGCUCAGUAUGAAUGGAAAAAUAUUUGAAGGAAAUUACAUACAUGUCAAAAUAGUUGAUAAAUCUGAGAAAAAAGAAUGGGAUAGCAAGAAAGCUGUAUUUAUAGGAAAUUUGAAGUUUGGGAUUGAGAAUAAUACCAUUUGGAAGGAAUUUAGUAAAUGUGGAGAGAUAGAUUCUGUGCAUUUAGUACGUGAUAAACAAACAGGUCAAACCAAAGGAUUUGGUUAUGUCAAUUUCAAAACUGAAGAAUCUGCAGCCUUGGCUCUAAAGUUAGAUGGUGUAGAGAUUAUGAAACGACCAAUACGAGUAAAACCACAUGUAAGUGGCCACAACAGGAAGGGAGAAAAACGAGUGUCUUCAAAUGACAAUGAGGGUAAUCCACGAAAAAAAUUUAAGAAUAAUUUGGAAAAACCUGUAGCAUGUAAAGGUGAAAAUGAAGCAAAUAUUAAAAAGCAUCAAAAAUCGCAGAAAAAUAAUGCAAAAUCUGCAGAACAAAAAUUGAAUUCAUUUCUGGGUCAAAAAGCAGAUUCCAAAAAUAAAAAGAAAGAAAAUAAAAUUGAUAAGAAAAAGAAGCAAAUGGCAAAAAAGCUUACAGCACAAUCAAAUAAACCAGUAAAAGUUUAAGUCAAUAUUGCGAUGUAUUUUAUAGUUUUCUUAAAUGCAGUUAUAAGAUAUUUUAUAUUCAAAGACAAGAUUUAUAAUGUUCAUUUAAUAUAAAAAGAUAUAUAUAUAUAUAUAUAUAUAUAUAUAUAUAUAUAUAUAUAUAUCAACAUUUUUAAAAAAGAUAUCAAAGUUUUCAGGUAAAUUUCAGAUAAAAAUUGUGAGUUGGUUCAAAUAUAAAUAACUAUAAUAGUAUGUAUAUAAAUAUCUUUUUCUUUGUAUUAUUACAAUGUAACUUGUGUCUUUGUUUAAUGAAUAACAAUAUUUCUUUAAACAGUA